AGGCCCACAGUUAAGUGAUGAGCAUGUGCAUGAAUUUCAUUUCGCAUAGAAAUUCUGCAUAGUGAACAGAAUAGUUGUUUUGUAUGUUACACGUACAGUAUAGAAUUCAUUCAGAGACUGUGAGAACAUAAAGCCAACACACUGGAAAGUUUUGGAGGCCGUAUUUCCACUGGUUUGUGCCGACACAGGAAACGGCCAAUCAGAUGCGUGUGAAAUAGUCCCCUCCCCUUUGGUGUGGUUCGAUGCAAGUCAAUAAAACGUAUGAUGCUGUCUUGAUGGACUGCUUGCUGAAACGGCGACAAAAUGCGGACGGCGCUUCAUCUGCUGCUCCUGCUCAUCCCAAAUGGAGGAUGCACAGGUGGUCCCACCUUUACGACAAAGACCGUUGCAGUUGGACAAAAUGUCUCUAUGGAAUGUCCCCGGGACACAUCCACAUUUCAGGAUCAUCUUUUUUGGAUCCGACUUGUUUCUGGAAGCUUUCCUGAACGUUUAGCUGAGACGACAGCCUUCGAUUUGACGGAACCUCAUCUUUGGCCAUCAAACAGUGGACAUCGCAUCACAGCCAAAAAAGAGCCAGGAAUGUUUGUUCUGCAAAUUGAUCAAGUGCAGAAAAGUGACAUGGGCGUCUACUACUGUUUCAAUUCGACAACAUGGGGUUAUAACGUAACAUUUGUUCAGGGAAUAUUUCUGCAGGUCAAAGAUUUCCCAGAAACAGAACCGUCUGUCUCUCUAGACUUGCCGUCUGAUGCGGGCCCACCGGGAUCACCUGUGACCUUACGGUGCUCGGUCGUCUCCCACCCGGGGAAUAAAAUGUGUACUGAUGGACACGUUUACUGGUUCAGAGCUGGAACAGAUGCCGCGCAUCCCAGCUUCGUUUACGCUCAUAAACAAUGCGGAGAGGUCGUAGGUGGCUCGAUGCAGAAAUGCGAUCACGUUUUCUCAACGGACGUCACCUCCUCCGAUGCCGGAACUUACUUCUGUGCUGUGGCCAGGUGUGGGGAGAUUUUCAUGAGAUCCGCAAAAAUAGCCAUCAUUGAAGUGUGCAGCACGAGUGAUUUACUAAAGUCCGUUAUUUUCAUCUUGGGUGCUGCUUCGGCCUUAAUCUUCAUCCUGUCAGCCUUCCUCAUAUUCAAGAUCAAGACAAAAAGAUGUUUUUGCUGCAAAGCUUGUCCGCAAAGCCAUGACGAAAGGCCCAAUGGUGUGCAGCAGAGAGACGAGGACGCUGUGGUUUAUUCCUUGCCGACCAUCGUCGCCAGGAAACGCGGCAAAACUGGUCAGACCAAUGCGAGACCCACCGAGGAAUUUAGCACGUACACCGACGUCUGCCUCCGUAACUGAAUCCUUAAGACGCAAAAUUAAUACAAUGAUCAUUUCCUUUAGCAUCCCAGCCUAGUGUGUUGAGACCUUUGAUUUACUCUGAUUUCAAAAGUACUGUUGGACUUUACAGUGCAAAACAUAUUUAGGAGCUCAAUGACUUCUCUCGGCGGCACGGUGGCCGACUGGUUAGAGUGUCAGCCUCACAGUUCUGAGGACCCGGGUUCAAUCCCCGGCCCCGCCUGUGUGGAGUUUGCAUGUUCUCCCCGUGCCUGCGUGGGUUUUCUCCGGGCACUCCGGUUUCCUCCCACAUCCCAAAAACAUGCAUGCAUUGGAGACUCUAAAUUGCCCGUAGGCAUGACUGUGAGUGCGAAUGGUUGUUUGUUUGUAUGUGCCCUGCGAUUGGCUGGCAACCAGUUCAGGGUGUACCCCGCCUCCUGCCCGAUGACAGCUGGGAUAGGCUCCAGCACGCCCGCGACCCUAGUUAGGAGAAGCGGCUCAGAAAAUGGAUGGAUGGAUGACUUCUCUCAAUCUAUCAGAAUAGAAAGAUAAAUACACUCAUCAAAAAGUGGUCUAAGGAUAGGAAUUCUAUAUAAUAAUAGGUAGUCACUUUGUAAAUGUGAUGAAUAGAUGUGAUGAAUAGUUUUGAAAAAGUUACUAAAGCAAAAAAAAAUA